UAGAACCAAAGUUGAUCUCUAUAACUGCAGGUUAACUCCGUUAAUUUAAUUGGUGUCCCACAGUAAAAUAAUCAUAACUAUGAGUAUUGGCCACACAAACAGUGAAGUUAAGGAAAGAAAGAAACUUGUAUCAAAACUCUAAUUUUCAAAAUAUACAGCUUACAUUUUCUUAAUAAGAUAUAAUCAGCUCUGUUUUAGUCUAUUGUCCAACAAUAACAAUAAUAAAAUAACAACUAUUUGAUGUUUUGCUACAACAUAGUAUUGUAAACGAUAUCACUUGUUCUUAUCAAGGCUACUGUGCGCACGCACACAGACGCUCACUGGUAAAAGACAGAAAUAACUUCAUAUCCCAGAAACCAUUGCAGUCACUACGCGGUCUAAGGUGUCUGCCUUACACAAGACACAUAACGUGAAGUUCUCCUGUCAGUAAUGGUCUUAUUCAGCGCGAGUUGUCUUCACGACACUUUAAAAACUUUUCCUUUGUUUGUGCCUCACAUUUAAAUAACAGCGCACAGCUAUCAGUGACAGGAGACUCAGCAGCGGAGAAGUCCACGUCCAGACAAUGUCACUGGGGAACGAGUCAAAGGUCAACACUUUCUGUUACAUGUAUUCAACUACAUCAAAGUAGCACUUUAAUCGCUCAUCUAGUGCCAGUCGAAUGCUUUACUACGUGGGGCCUCUCUGUGAAGAAGUGGAACGUCUAAGGAGGAGCUAGAAGGAUUCAUUUUUGGUUUUCAGUUCUAAGGCAUUAUUUUGUCACAACACUGCUUUUCAUAGAACGAAAAUGUCACAAUUUGCUGAUUUGACACCUGAAAAAAAAUCACAGUUUGACCCCCCAGCUGCUGACAUGUUGGCAGAAAGGGACAAGUCAAGAGCUGCGGACAGAUCGUUUGUGAUUGAAGACACUGAUGUUAAAGCUCUUAUGCCAGAGGAUGUGGAAAAAAUGUUUGACGGUCCAUCUUUAUCUGAAAGCCCAGUGGAAGAAACCGUGGAACACAGAAAUUGGAACUGGGCAGUGAUAUUUUUGUGUUUUUAUGGCUUCAUGGCUUCAGUCAAACCAGGGGAGCCCUUUAUCACUCCUUAUCUUCUAAGCCCUGAGAAGAACUUCACCAGACAACAGGUGACCAAUGAGAUCACUCCUGUGCUGACCUACUCCUACAUGGCUGUGCUGGUGCCAGCCUUUCUGCUGACUGAUCUUCUGCGCUACAAGCCAGUGUUGGUCAUCCAGGGCCUCAGUCAUGUUGUCAUCUGCAUUAUUCUACUCUUUGGUACCACCUUACUUCAAAUGCAGUUCAUGGAGUUCUUCUACGGCAUCACCAUGGCCUGCAGGGUGGCCUACUCUUCCUAUAUAUUUUCCCUGGUCAAACCAGAAUUCUACCAGCGAGUGGCUGGGUACUCGCGCUCCUCAACACUCUUGGGGGUGUUUAUCGGCUCAGUGCUGGGCCAGGUCUGCAUUUCUGUAGGUAACAUUAGCUUUUACACCCUCAACGCUAUAUCUUUGGGAUUUGUAAGUUUUGGUCUGCUGCUAACUCUGUGCAUGCCUUGGCCAAAACGCUCCUUGUUUUUUAACCAAAUGUCUAACAUGGAGAAUAAAGAACUUCAAAAUCCAGAGGAAACGAUACCAGAAAUGGUCAAAGAAAAGCCCAAGGAGGGCGAACUGCCCCCUGUGGUGACCAUUUGCUCAACUUCAUGCAGAGAGGAUUCCAUUUUUGGGCACAUGCUCAUAGAGUUGAGAAACUUUGUCAAAAGGCCCAAUCUCAGGCUCUGGUCUCUGUGGUGGAUAUUCAACUCCACCGGCUAUUACCUGGUGUUGUUCUACGUCCACAUCCUGUGGAACAAAGUGUACACUGCCACGGAGAACAAGAAUGUGUACAACGGGGGAGUGGAGGCAGCCUCUACUUUACUCAGUACUCUUACCUCCUUUGUUGCGGGAUAUUUUAAAAUCCGUUGGAACAUUUGGUCGGAGCUCGUCAUUGGUGUCAUCACGGCCAUGCAGGCAGGUCUGCUGCUGAUAAUGGGAACAACCCAAAACAUCUGGGUUUGCUACAUUUCUUACAUCCUCUUCAGAGGUUUUUAUCAGUUCCUGGUUCCCAUUGCCACGUUCCAGAUUGCCUCGUCACUCUCCAGAGAGAUGUGUGCGCUGGUGUUUGGCAUCAACACUUUCUUGGGGACUAUACUGAAAACAAUCAUUAGUCUCAUUUUUAUUGACAAGAAGGGCCUGGCAUUGGAUAUACAUCAUCAGUUCCUGAUGUACUUUGUUUACUUCAUCAUUCUCACUGUUGUCUACUUAACCGGUGCUGCUGUGGUCAUAGUCCGUCACUAUAGAAACCACUCAGCAACAGGAGGUGAAGCCACACACACAGAGCUAAGUCCCGUCGCUGAAAAUCCAGAGACUGAACCUUUGUCCAACAUAAAACAGGACUAGCAUAACAAAUUUCCUUUAGUGAGUCUGGACUGUUUUCAGUUCCGCCAGGGUUUUGCAGCAAGCUUUUGUGAAAAUUUAAAUCAGCGGAAAUAAAAUAAAGAGGUUAAAUUGUAAAAAAAACCCCAAAAAAAAAACAUAGCAAUGCACAAAAUUGACUUUAGUAUCUGUUGUUAUAAACAAUUCUCCAAAUCAGAAGUAUUCAAUAAUAUAUUGGCCUGAAGCAGAAAAAUAAAUUCUGCUUCAUUUUGUGAGCUUCCUAUUGGUUUAAAUGAAUAAACACAUGAACUGAUAUAAAAGUUUAAAAAAAUGUAAGAAUUGAAUAUUGUUUAGCUAGUCCACCACUUCAUUUACAUCACAUACAUCUCCCCUUCUAAAAGUACUUUUAAUAUUACAUGCAGCAUGACUAAUAAGUUAGGUUAAAAAAAAACCUUACUUUUUAACCUUACUUGUAAAAACUUGUUUCUUCUGCACUUUUUGUGAUGUGACAUUUAUUUGCCUUGACUGUUACACCUGGUUUUCUAAUAAUCUGUGUUUAGCAGAUGAGGGAAACUCAUCGACUGCAAAUAUCUGCACUUUUGGAAGGGAGGGGUCGAAUCCCUUCCCUAGGCAUAUAACCGUCUCAGGCUCACAUUAACAGAUUCCCUGCAGCACGACUGACAGUCACUGGCGAGGGCUGACUAUUUCGUGGUUCUGUAGUGUAGUGUUUGGCACGCUUGCCUUGCCAGCGGAGAGUCCUGUGUUCGAUUCCCAGAGAUCUCCCUAAUGACUCCUCUCCCUCUUGUAAGUCGCUUUGGAUAAAAGUGUCUGUUAAAUGCACGAAUGUAACUGAAAUCUUGAGGAUAGUUCAUGAAGAACAAGACACUCACUGUCGGGGUGUUGUUGGGUUUGUGCUCCAUCACACUGCUGUAACCGCGGAUAAACGACAGUCACUGACGUAGUCGUUGGAGUCAACCAGGCUUCAGCACGCUUGCCUUCGGGGUAAUGUGAGUGCAGGCCAGCAGGGCACAGAAGGGGGGAGGGUCUGGGCUUCAGCUCAGUAUGGACCACUGGCCCUAGUGUGAGUGCACCUGGUCCAGUCCAGUAUUAGUUGAUAGUCUUCCAUCGUAGAAGGGCAACAGUUUCAGUCUCAAAGUUAGCUGCUGAAAAACAGAGAGAAACAAUAAAUGAGACCGUUGGUUUGUUGGUUUGUUUGUUGCUGUAUUUUCUUUAAGAGAGAAAAAAAGACUUGAAGUUGAAUAGUUCUGUUAAUUUAAUGUUGUUGGAGCUAAAUCAUAUCAUUAUCAGCACUCUUCCUGUGAACUCUUACUGUAACUAGACAGAUUUAAAUGAUCACAUCAGAAUAUCUUGUAAAUUCAUAAUGCAGAAUCUGUUCAAAUGUAUUUUGUAUAAAUCUUCCUGCUGUGACAGUGUGAAUGAAAUCUAAAGACGUAUAUUUAUAGGAGCAGCAAAAAAUGUAGGUAUUAUAUAUAUUGAAAAUGAUGCUGGAAGUCAAUGUGUGAGCUCUAAUCUGAUGGGGGAAAAAGGUGUGUUAACACAUGUUUUAUAAAACUCACCCAAUCUAAUUCAAUGACUUUCUUUUUGAUUUUAAAUUAAAUGAAUUUUCUUUGUGUCAUUUAAAAAAAGAAACUGCUGUAAAGGUAUGUUACUGUGAAUCUUAUGAGACUGACUGUUUUAUAUUAAAAACAAAUAGAUAGAUAAGAAA